AUGGGAGGCCUUUUCAGGUAUGCUGAUGGUGUUGACAAGUUGCUGAUGUUUAUUGGUAUUUUAGGAUGCUUGGGAGAUUCAUUGGCAGAUCCAUUGGCCAUGUCUGUUCUGAGUUCAGCCUUAGAUGCUUUUGGAAGUGCAGAUCAGUCUAUUGCCAAAGGGGCCGUAAAUAAGUAUGCACUCCAGCUUCUGUAUGUUGCUCUUGGAGCAGGAUUUGCUGCUUUUCUAGAAGGAGUUUGCUGGACAAGAACUGCUGAGAGGCAAACUUCUCGUGUACGGACAAAAUACUUAAAAUCGGUCCUUAGACAAGAAGUUAGUUUCUUUGACAACCAAGAUGCCUCAUCGACCACCUUUCAAGUUGUCUCAAACAUUUCUGCUGAUGCCCACUCGAUUCAAGAUGCUAUAGCUGAAAAGAUACCUACCUGUCUGGCUCAGCUCUGUUCAUUCAUGUUCAACCUAAUAGUUGCCGUCCUACUUUCAUGGCGAUUGGCAUUGGCGUCUCUUCCAUUUGCAAUAGGGUUUAUAGCCCCCGGGGUGGGGUUCGGAAAAUAUAUGAUGGACCUAGGAAUCAGGAGUAAUGAUGCUUAUGUGGUUGCAGGUGGUAUUGCCGAACAGGCAAUAUCAUCUAUCCGAACUGUCUAUUCGUAUGUUGGCGAGCAUCAAACACUCGAUAAAUUUAGCCAUUCUCUUCAUGAAAGUAUGAACCUUGGGAUAAAGCAAGGACUAGCGAAGGGGUUGAUGAUAGGGAGCAUGGCAACAAUUUUUGUAACGUGGGCAUUUCAAUCUUGGUAUGGGAGCAAUCUUGUCAUUGAAAGAGGAGAAAGUGGUGGCCACGUUUCUGUAUCAGCAAUUUGUAUCAUCCUUGCAGGAAUGUCCUGUAUGAGUGCACUUCCUAAUCUCCCAUUUAUCACAGAGGCAUCAACUGCUGCAAAAAGAAUUUUUGAGAUGAUUGACUCUAUCCCGAAAAUAGACACCGAAAAUACCAAGGGGAAAGUUUUAGCAAAUGCAAGAGGGCAAAUUGUGUUUAGAGAAGUUCAUUUUAGUUAUCCAUCAAGAAAGGAAAUGGUUAUCCUCCAGGGUCUCAAUCUUCUCAUAGAAGCUGGUAAGACAGUGGGUCUUGUGGGAGAAAGUGGUUCGGGCAAAUCAACUAUCAUUUCAUUGAUUGAAAGGUUUUAUGACCCCGUCUUUGGAGAUAUACUACUUGAUGGGCACAGAAUAAAAAAACUCCAGUUGAAAUGGUUAAGAUGCCAAAUUGGGCUGGUAAAUCAACAGCCAAUUUUAUUUGCAACAUCCAUAAAGGAAAAUAUACUGUUUGGGAAGGAAGAUGCUACAAUGGAACUGGUUAUAACUGCGGCCAAGGCUGCAAAUGCACAUGACUUCAUCAAAAAUUUACCAGAAGGAUAUGAUACUCAAGUGGGGGAGUUUGGAGUUCAGUUAUCAGGAGGGCAAAAGCAAAGGAUAGCAAUAGCAAGGGCAUUGCUUAAAGAUCCGAGAAUCCUUUUGCUUGAUGAAGCUACUAGUGCAUUGGAUGCACAUUCUGAAAGCAUAGUACAGGCAGCCAUUGACCAGGCUUCUAUUGGAAAAACAACAAUUAUCAUUGCUCAUCGCCUCACCACAAUCCGUAAUGUCAACAAGAUUGUUGUACUUCAAUCCGGGAGAGUUGUUGAAUCAGGGUCUCAUGAUGAGUUGAUGCAAAUAAAUAAUGGGGAUGGUGGAUUUUACUCUGAAAUGGUGAAAGUGCAACUAUCAGCCAUAAAUGAUAAGCCUUUGGAUGGUCUACCCCAACCAAUUGAGGGAAUAUACCGUAUGAAGACAACAUAUGCCCACAGUCCCAUGUCCCCUUUCAGUUUAAGCAAGCAAAACAGGGCAGCUCUGACCAUUCACUCUAAGGCUCCAUCAAUUUGGAACAGUCCCUCAUCCACCUUUAGCGAUUAUUAUCAAAACAAUGUUGAUAAAUUGGAGAGUUAUCCGUCUCCAAGUCCUUGGCAGUUAUUUCAAAUGAAUGCACUAGAGUGGAAGAGAGCUUUGCUUGGAUGUCUAGGCGCUAUUGUCUUUGGUGCAAUCCAGCCAAUUCAUGCCUAUUUCAUGGGUGCAAUGGUCUCGUUAUACUUCAUAAACGAUAGCUCAAAAAUAAAAUCCCAGACCAGGUUGUACUGCAUCAUCUAUUUAUGUAUAGGAGUUAUCAGCUUCUUUGCCAGUGUACUCCAGCAUUAUAAUUUUGCAAUUAUGGGAGAGAGAUUAACAAGGAGGGUACGGGAAAAAUUUCUUGAAAAUGUUCUUACUUUUGAGGUUGGGUGGUUUGAUCUAGAUCAGAAUACAAGUGCUGCUAUUUGUGCAUUAUUGUCGACUGAAGCCAAUAUAGUUCGAUCUCUUGUUGGAGAUCGCAUGUCAUUAGUGGUUCAGGCCUUUACAACUGUUGCUCUUGCCUUUUUGCUUGGGCUAAUCGUGGCAUGGAGAGUUGCAAGUGUUACCAUGGCAAUACAACCUUUUAUUAUUGCUAGCUUCUACUUGAAAAGUGUUAUGAUGAAAAAAAUGUCGGAAAAUGCCAAGAAAGAGCAAAAUGAAGGAAGCCAACUAGCAAUUGAAGCUGUUGUCAAUCACAGGACAAUCACCGCAUUUUCUUCUCAGAAACAUAUUCUCAAUAUCUUUGCAGCAACACUGAAGGGCCCACGUAAACAAAGCAUAAAACAGUCAUGGUUUAAUGGAGUAGGCUUGUUUACCUCUCAAUUCCUAAAAACAGCUUCUGUAGCUUUGACAUUUUGGUAUGGCGGGACUCUAAUGAACAAGGGAUUAUUAAGAGCGAAGGAUCUAUUUCUGGUUUUCUUCAUUUUGAUGAGUACCGGUAAGAAUGUAGCAGAUGCAGGAACCAUGACAUCAGAUUUGUCAAAAGGUAGCAACGCCAUCCAAUCUACUUUUGCAGUUCUUGAUAGGAAAAGCAAGAUUGAGCCUAACAACCCUGAAGGUUCCAAGAUAGAAAAAUUGCUGAGGGGCACGAUAGAAUUAAAGAAUGUUUUCUUUUCGUAUCCCUCCAGGCCAGAGCAGAUGAUCUUACAGAAUCUUAAUCUCAGGAUUGAAGCUGGAAAAACAGUGGCUCUUGUAGGACAGAGUGGUUCAGGCAAAUCCACUAUUUUCAGCUUGAUCGAGAGAUUCUAUGAUCCAACAAAAGGAUCAGUUCUUAUAGACAACCACGAUGUCAAAAGCUACAACUUACGAGAUUUAAGAUCACAUAUUGCACUUGUGAGUCAAGAACCGACUCUUUUUGCAGGAACCAUCCAUGAAAAUAUAGUUUACGGAAAAGCGGACGCCACAGAAGGUGAAAUCAAAGAAGCUGCAAUUCUGGCAAAUGCUCAUAAAUUUAUAAGUUCAAUGAAGGACGGAUAUCGAACUAACUGUGGUGAGAGAGGAGUCCAGCUUUCGGGGGGACAAAAGCAGCGGAUUGCACUUGCUCGGGCAAUUCUGAAAAAUCCAUCAAUCCUUCUCCUGGAUGAAGCAACCAGUGCUCUGGAUGGUUUGUCUGAAAAUCUAGUCCAAGAAGCAUUGGAGAAAAUGAUGGUUGGCAGGACUUGUGUAAUUGUAGCUCAUCGUUUAUCAACAAUACAGAAGGCAGAUUGCAUCAUGGUGAUCAAGAAUGGAAAGAUUGUGGAAGAAGGAUCACAUCAAGAACUUCUUGCUGCUAGAGAUCAUGGAGCAUACUAUUCAUUAAUCAAGUUACAACACUCCCUCUUUAGUGAGCCUUGA